AUGCAGUACUUCCGAAACCUGCAAACAGUGGAAAUCGACGAAAACGCCGCAAAUGGCAUAAAAACUGAGAAGUUUUCGACAAAGACCAUCCGGAGGGAUUGUUGGAGAACUCCCCGCAGUACUCCAUGGCUUCUUCAGAUCUGGCAAUUACACGGUUCCGAAGAGGUGGCCAACGUACUGCACCUGGCAUGUGUGUUCUUCCACGACAGCAAGAAAGGUCGUUGUCUAAGGCGGCAUACGGUAAGACCGGUGCCGGAACUCGACGAAAAGGGAAUGCUUGUGGAUGAGGAAGAGUAUGACCCAGACUUGCAUGAUGACCAAAGCGAAGACCUUCCAAGCGCAAACGAGGGAGAUUUCUGA